AUGGAUCAUGACAUGCCAGGAAUGGGAGGAAUGCCACCACCAUCACCACCACAAGAUCACAUGAUGAUGGGCAUGGGGUUGACACACAUGACCUUUUUCUGGAGUAAAAAUGCUGAAAUUCUUUUCUCAGGCUGGCCAGGAACACGAACGGGCAUGUACGUCCUCGCUUUGAUCAUUGUAUUUGUGGUCUCCUUGUUUGUGGAAUGGAUCUCUAACUCCAAUUACUUUAAAGUCAAGAUGUCAAAUUAUAAUGGUCUUGUUAAGACAUUUGUGCAUGGUCUAAAAAUAGCCCUUGCUUAUCUUCUUAUGCUUGCUGUUAUGUCUUUUAAUGUUGGUGUUUUUAUAGUUGUCGUGGCUGGACAUACUUUUGGUUAUUUCCUAUUUGGUAGGCGUAAUAAUUCUGAGAAUAAUGCAUGCCAAGCUUGA